AUGGAUAGUGGUAGUACUGAUAACAUUGUGUCUGAAGAAAUGAUUGGGAAUUAUAAAGAUGAAGUUAUGUGUGACAUAAUGCCAAUGGAUGCAUGCCAUAUUCUUUUGGGCAGACCGUGGCAAUUUGAUAGACAAGUUGUUCAUAACGGCCAAUUGAACACAUACACAAUCAAGAAAGAUGGAAUAGAGUAUCUCUUAAAUACAAUGAAGAAUAUUAGUGAAGAUGAGGGUGAAGACAAAUCAAAAGUAUGUUUGGUUUCCAGAAAGCAAUUUUUGAGGGACUUCAAGAAGGAGAAAGCAUGUUUUGCUAUUGUUUCUAAAUCAACUACAGUUAGGACAACAAAGGAGAAAGAUGAAAUACCAAAGGAAAUCCAAGAGAUAUUGGAGGAGUAUGCUGAAAUUUUGAUGAAGAAGUUGCCUAAUGGGUUACCACCUAUGAGAUGCAUCAGCCAUUGUAUGGAUUUGAUUCCUCAUGCGAGUUUGACAAACAAGGCACCAUAUAGAAUGUCGCCAAAGGAGAGUGAGGAGAUGAACAAACAAGUGCAAGAGUUGCUUGACAAGGGGCUGAUUAGAGAAAGUUUGAGUCUGUGGUUCCAAUGGUGUUGGCACCAAAGAAAGAUGGAGGUUGGUGAAUGUGUAUCGAUUCAAGAGUAA